AUGAAGUUUCCCAACCUCAUCAUCCCAUUCCUGAACAUGGUCGCGGUCCUGCCGCUUGUUUGUAGUCACGCUAUCCAAACCCCAUUCACUCUUAAUAUCUCCGAGGCCCACACUAUCGUCAAGCACUGGAAUCUCCCAAAACCACUAGAAGACGAGACGUGGGCGAAGUUUGUGUACAAAGGAAACACCUUGGCGAAGAUGUUCUCCGCCGACGAUGCCGGUGCUAGCGCUUUGUUCGAUCCUUUCCUGGGUUCGGCUGCUAGCCGCUUCACCAACUUCCCCACGUGGCCAACAUACUUUUAUACUUUUUUUAGAGCUGUAGAGCCUUAA